AUGUUGAGUUCUAUCGCAAGGGGUGUUACUAGAACUGGCCUGAAGAGGCUCAAUAGCUCAUUUGUGCCUGUUACAAGAACUUCCACUCUCCCCAACGGUAUCACUGUUGCAACAGAGUCCAUCCCCAACGUUCAAACGGCAACGGUUGGAGUUUGGAUCGAUGCUGGUUCAAGGGCUGAUGUCAGUGACUCCACGAGUGGAACAGCACAUUUCUUGGAACACUUGGCAUUCAAGGGAACGUCCAACAGAUCACAAUUGAAACUGGAAUUGGAAGUGGAAGACUGUGGAUCCCACUUGAAUGCUUACACCUCCAGAGAGAACACGGUUUAUUACGCCAAAGCUGUCAAAGACGAUAUCCCAAGGGCAGUAGAUAUCCUAAGUGAUAUCCUUACAAGAUCAAAGCUAGAAAAGUUAGCUAUUGAAAAGGAAAGACCUGUCAUCCUCAGAGAAAGUGAAGAAGUUGAUAAGAUGUACGAUGAGGUUGUUUUUGACAGAUUACACGAAGUAACCUUCAAAGGGCAGCCUUUGGGGAGAACUAUUUUAGGACCUUUAGAAAAUAUCAGAAGUUUGACCCAGGGAGACUUGAAAAACUACAUUAAGACUAACUACAAAGGUGACCGAAUGGUGCUAGUUGGUGCAGGAGCUGUUGACCACGAAGAGCUUGUAAAAUUAGCCCAAAAAUCUUUUGGUCAUGUCCCCUUGAGUGAAGAACCCGUUCCGCUAGGGUCUCCCAGAGGCGAUUUGCCCAUUUUCUACGGCGGAGAAGCUAGAGUUGAAGAUCGUUCCUUACCCAACACUUAUAUGGCAAUCUCCAUUGAAGGUGUGUCUUGGAAUGCCAUUGAUUAUUUCACAGCUUUGGUGGCCCAAGCUAUUGUCGGAAACUGGGAAAGAUCUACUGGUAUUAACUCCCCUUCUCCGCUAGCUGUUGCUGUAUCGACUGGAAACGGACAAGGACAACCGCUAGCCAACUCGUAUAUGUCAUUUUCAACCUCCUACUCAGAUAUUGGGCUGUGGGGAAUGUAUUUGACCGCAGAUAAAGAUGCGGAUCUGAAACCUCUUGUCGAUGAAGUCCUCAAAGAAUGGACUAGACUCAAGAAUGGCCACAUUUCGGACAAGGAAGUUGAAACGGCCAAGGAUCAGCUGAAAGGGUCUUUACUGUUAUCACUGGACGGAUCUACACCUAUUGCAGAAGAUAUUGGAAGACAGAUCGUUACAACCGGAACAAGACUAUCCCCAGAGGAGGUUUUCGAUAAAGUAAACAGAAUUACAAAAGACGAUGUCAUUCAAUGGGCCAGAUGGAGAAUACAUGAUAAACCCAUAGCAGUUGCUGCUUUAGGCCAUCUGGACACGCUGCCCUCUUACAAAUACAUGACCAAGGAACUUGCCAAAUAG